GGAUGAGUUUUGCACCAUCUUAUCAAAUGAACAGAUAAGAAUUGUUAGUCUGCCUGUAGAAUAUAGGUCAUGUCAAUUACCAUAGAAUGGUGAAAACAUGGAGACUAUUGUUUCUCUGAUCGUUCUUACAGCACUUCUAGUGAAGGCGACCUCCGGGCAAAUCUGCGCGGACCUUGACACCACUGGAUGUGGCCUGUUGGCUGCCCAGCCGGGGUUUUGUGCCAACAGUUCUUUGUCCAAUUCAAUAUGCAAGAGAACAUGCGGAAAAUGCCCUCUGACCUGCUUCCACUGCCCAAAGCAGCCAGUACUUCAUGCUCAGGACUGUAACACUACACAGCAAUGCGCUACAGGCGAAAUGUGCGUUCUACGGACCCUGUCCGGCAAUCACUACGAAUACCUGAUGUCAUGUGACGACACAAAGUACUGCAACGGUUUCGGAUUCGGGUUCGGUGCCGGUGCCCUUAUUGGUCGACGCUAUGUUGAACCUCGUGACAUCAACGUCCAUUGUUGCGAUGGGGACCUCUGUAAUGUGCCUAAUUACGUUGCAACAACAACGCCGGCACCUACAACCUUACCACCAAUUCACAGCUGCAACAAGGACGUGAUCUUUGUCGUUGACGAAUCCAACACCAUCGGCCCGGUGGAUUUCCGAAAGGUCAUUGACCUAAUCCGUGCUAUUGUGACCAGACUUGACAUAGGAGUGAAUAGAGACCAGGUGGCGCUUUUAUUGUAUGACAUGACGCCCCAUAUUCAAUGGUACUUGAACGAUUACACGACCAAAGCGAGCUUACUCGGAGCUCUGAGCUACGUCCCCUACCACAAUGGCUCCUCGCGCACCGACCUUGCUCUGAAAUUCGUACGAGAAAACGUCACUGUGUAUCAGCACGGUGACAGACCGUCAGCAGGCAAUGUCGCUGUUUUGUUCACCGACGGCCUUUCCGUGAAUCACCAAAGCACAGUGAAGGAGGCUACGGCGCUCAAACAGACGAAUACUACUAUAAUAACAGUCGGAGUUCACAAUCUCGCUAACUUGCAAAGCCACAGCACCCAGGAGCUUGUUGACAUUGCCACGCAAAAUAAAGCGGUCGUUCUGAAGAGCUUGGGUGAUACAAGGGAUGCUAUCAUGAAAAUAGUUGAAAUGAUUUGUACUUAGAGCGUUCUCCCUUUACUAUGGUUUAGUUGGCGUUUCUUCGAUUUGAUUGCAUUUCAGUCGUGACUUCCUACGUUAAUCUUCAAUAAAAGAUAAUAAACAUG